AUGGCGACCCACGCGGUGCAAGCUGGUGAAGCGAGGUCUGAAGGGGACACCCCAGACGGUAGGCAUGAAGCAUCCAACACUACACGCGACACGUCCAACCCGACGGUAAAAGAGAAGAACCAGGCUCAACACAGCGCACCAACUGUGUCGCAUGGAGAGACGUUACCCGGGUGGACGAUUAUGCGGCCUUUAAGGAUGCGCGCGAGGAACAAUAAUCGGGCGAGACAUACUGCAGAUGGAAACUUAGGAGGGAAUGAGGACGGCAUCGUUGAUGGCGACAAGAAGGGCAGCGAUGACCUUAAGGUUACGGAGACGAACGACACUGGCGAUGGUUCGCGCGGAGUUGGGGAAGUCGAGUCUGCUGGGGAUUUGAGAAGUGAUGAUGAAUUACUGGAUGAAGAUGAGCAAGAAGACGGCGCAACCCGUCAGCAACACCAACAUCAUGUUCGAGCUGGUGGAGGAGGUAGCCAGCACAGGGGUGAAAAUGGAUUAGAUGGCACGGCAGAUGUUGGUGUAGGCGAAUUUAAGGUGUACAAGAGGAGGUGGUUUGGCUUGGUUCAAUUAGUCUUGCUGAACAUCAUCGUCAGUUGGGAUUGGUUAACAUUCUCUGCAAGUUCAAAUACCGCUGCCCAAUACUACGAAGUAUCAGAAUCAGCGGUCAAUUGGCUUAGCACGGCUUUCCUCUUUGCCUUCGUCGUCGCCGCGCCCCUUACCAUCUAUACUCUCCACCGAGGAGGACCAAAACACUCUAUUGUCACUGCAUCUGUUCUUCUACUCCUUGGAAAUUGGAUUCGGUAUGGGUCUACUAAGGCAGGGACACAUGGGAGCUUCGGGGGUGUUUUGUUUGGACAGAUUUUGACUGGUUUAGCGCAACCAUUUGUUCUUUCGGCGCCGACCAGAUAUUCUGAUCUUUGGUUCACAAAUCGGGGGAGGGUUGCUGCUACGGCUGUCAUGAGCCUGGCAAACCCAUUUGGGGGCGCUCUAGCGCAACUCAUCGGUCCGAUGUGGGCAGUUUCGCCUGGAGAUAUACCAAAUCUCGUGCUAUAUAUUGCCAUUAUUUCCACUGUUGCCUCUGUCCCCUCAUUGUUUCUCCCGGCGGCUCCCCCAACACCAAGUUCAGUAUCAGGAACAACCCCUAAACAACCAGUCGCCGAAUCCUUGAAAUUUCUCUUCACGUCCCCGGAAUUCUACAUGAUUUUAAUUCCCUUCUGGCUCUACGUCGCCCUCUUCAACAGUCUCUCCUCUCUUAUCAACCAAGUUUUAGAGCCAUAUGCCUUCUCCGAAACCGACGCCGGCAUAGCAGGCGCACUCCUCAUCGCUGUCGGCCUAGUCACUUCAGCGAUCACCUCCCCAAUAAUCGACCGCACAAAAUCAUACCUCAUAGGCAUAAAAAUCCAAGUCCCCAUCAUCGGCCUCGCCUAUCUAGCCUAUACCUGGGCACCCCAAACACGUAGCAUCGCCGCAAUAUACACCAUUCUCUCCGUCUUGGGCGCCGCUUCUUUCAGUCUCGUUCCUGUCGUCCUGGAAUACCUGAUCGAGAUCACGCACCCUGUGUCACCAGGAGUUUCUAGUACGAUAUGUUGGACGGGCGGACAACUACUUGGUGGUAUUUUCAUACUUAUUUCGGAUGCGUUGCGUGAUAGCGGUGUUAAUGACGGGACAGCGGAUGAUGGAACUACGAGACCGCCAGGGAAUAUGUACCGCGCGUUGGUUUUCCAGACUGUUAUGGCGCUGGUGGCCGUGCCUCUCCCGUUGAUGUUAGGGUGUUUUGGCCGUGGUCAUCGCGUUAGGAUGAGGAGGAUUGAUGCGGAUAAGGAAACAGAUGGCAUCGUGGACCAAAGUGUCUUGGUUUGA